AUGGGAUGCGGGCAGGCAGCGCACGGUCCUUUACAAAGUACUAGAAAAAUCUCCGGAUACACCCAGGCAUCUCCCAACAGCCACCGGGAGCCCCGCGUGGCCUGCGGAUGCCCGGAGCCUGGACCGGUUCCGCGCGGACAGCCGCCCAAGGCGCCCCAGUCCGUGGUCCUUGUGGCCCCGGGGGGUCAGCAGCUGCAGACCGGAGCACCCAGCACAACCAUAAACGCUUACCUCCUUCACGGCGCCGAAAAGAGAGCUCGGGCUCCCGUUUUGCAGAAAGGGCUACAGGACAACUUUGCUGAUGUCCAGGUCUCUGUGGAUGACUGCCCUGACUUAACCAAGGAGCCCUUCACUUUUCCUGUAAAAGGCAUCUGUGGGCAAACUAGAAUUGUAGAAGUAGGAGGUGUGCCUUACUUAUUGCCUCUUGUAAACAAAGAAAAAGUUUAUGACCUAAAUGAAAUUGCAAAGGAAAUACAGCUGCCUGGAGCUUUUAUCCUUGGAGCAGGGGCAGGACCAUUUCAGACCCUUGGGUUCAAUUCUGAGUUCAUGCCAAUUGUUCAAACAGCAAGUGAACACAGCCAACCUGUGAACAGAAGUUACUUUGCCUGUAUAAAUCCUGCAGAUGGAGCGUGCCUGCUGGAAAAGUACAGCGAGAAAUACCAUGAUUUUGGAUGUGCACUACUGGCUAAUCUUUUUGCCAGUGAGGGCCAACCUGGCAAGGUCAUUAAAGUGAACGCCAAGAGAAGAACAGGACAGCUUAACUUUGUGACAUGCAUGAGGCAGACUCUGGAGAAGCACUAUGGAAACAAGCCUGUGGGAAUGGGCGGCACCUUCCUUGUGAAGAACGGGAAAGUCAAGGCCCAUAUCAUGCCAGACUUUUCUCCCUGCCCACUGGGAUCUGACGAAGCUGUGAAUAAGUGGCUGCAGUUUUACGAGAUGACAGCUCCCUUGGUUUGUCUGCCAGUUUUUGUUUCCAAAGACCCGGGACUUGAUUUGCGACUGGAGCACACACAUUUCUUCAGUCAUCAUGGAGAAGGUGGACAUUACCACUGCGAUACCACGCCAGACACAGUGGAGUAUGGUGGCUACCUCUUACCUGCACAGUUCCUCUAUCGCAUCGAUCAGCCCAAAGAGACCCAUGCUUUUGGGAGGGAUUAAAGAAGCUAAUGCUUGCUUAGAAAAAGAAAUGGUUAGUUAAGGUUAAAUCAUUAACUCAGCAACAGAUACUAAUCCUAAAGUCCAGUAGAAGGCCAGAGAGAGACAGUGCUGUCCUAGUAAGCCAAGGCCCUGGCUUAAUCCCCAGCAUGGAAGAAAAAUACUCAAUUUGAGCAAUUUCACUACAUACUCAUUAUUUUUAUGGCAUUUGAAAUGCAAGGGUAUAUAUGGAUGCAUGACACUCAUAUUAUUUCUCAUCUUCAUGUGAAGGAGAUUUUUUAAAAGAUUUAUUUAUUAGCCUGGUGUGGUGGCGCACACCUUUAAUCCCAGCACUUGGGAGGCAGAGGCAGGCAGAUCGCUGUGAGUUCAAGGCCAGCCUGGUCUACAAAGCGAGUCCAGGACAGCCAAGGCUACACAGAGAAACCCUGUCUUG